GGUAGGCGUUUGGCUGCACUCGAAAUUUGCAUUGAAAAGAACAGCAAUGUAAUAUAGUAACUUUCACAGACAAUCACGUACGGUUUUGUACCAUGCUGGGUUCCUACUUCGAUCACUCUGAACCAAGGUAAAGGCCUUUCUAUCGCUAGGUUGAACCUCUCUAGUACAAGGCAGGUAGAAAUUACCUCAGGACCCCGAAAAGACGACGACCGAAAGCUUCACAAAUUGAGCUAUCAAGGACCAGUGUGACACACGGCACGGUGUUUAUACGGCCACCCUCAGGCUGAUGGGUUUACAGCUCAUUCUCAUAAGAGCUAAGAAGACGAAUGACGUCAGCGAGGAGCUUACAGUUCGCUGCAUACAUAUUCACAUCAAUAGCUACAAUAUGGACCUAUGAUUAUAUAUGUUCGCUUCAUGAGGAGUGGACAUUUCUACUUCAAUCGCACUGGAGCAAGAUGAAAAUUCUGUAUUUUGUCACACGAUAUCUCCCCUUUAUCAUUGUCGCCAUGGAUUUAUAUAUGGGCUUUGCUCCGAAUGAGAAUCAAGCUGAAUGCCGGGUGUUGGAAAAUAUCAAUCCAGCUCUUGGCAUUGUGAUAAUCAUUUUCUCCGAAUUUUUUUUUGUCCUCAGAACAUAUGUCCUCUGGAACCAAAAUAAAAUCUUGCUUGCAGCGAUGCUGUCCACUUUGUUUUGUUUGCUUGUAGCAAUUUCCGCCAUGAUCUUUGCCACUGGCGUCCCCGCAUCAUAUGCGACUAGCGCGAUCCCGGGCAUCACAGGGUGUUAUCAGAGUUCGACCAGUUUCCUGUACUUCAUCCCGUUCCUUCUUCUUUCUUUGUUCGAACUGUUACUCAUGAUUCUCACGCUCAUACGCGUCAUGCAGGACUGGCGGACAAACGCCGGCCGUCUGUACGUUGUCCUGGUGAACCACAACAUAUCCUAUUAUGCAUGCAGUUUCCUGUUCUCAGUAGCGAACAUCUUCGCAUCGCUGCUCCUCCAAUACUCCUACCACAGCGUGUUGUAUGAUUUCGAGUUCAUUACCCUUGCAAUCCUCGCCACGCGCAUGCACCUCCAUCUCUGGCAGACGAACCGACAUCCACAUGGCUCUACUAGCGAUCACAUGCAUAUUUCAAUGUCUGAAAUAUCAUUUGUAAAUUCCACGGCAUGAUUUCUUAUUCGGUGCCGCUCAUGGAGUGGACUUGGUGGACUUCGUUAUGUGCUUAGUUUAUAGGAUAAGUUUGUCGCGGGGUGCGAGGAGCAUUCAUAUACAGAACUUCGACGAGGGGUUCGUUGUAAGGUACAGGGUGAUGUGAUACUGCUGCAGUCUAGUGCCAGCAGGCAAAUACAAUGUAUCAUGAUGCAUUUGUAGGUCAAAGAUGGAAGCCUUCCAAGGUAGGAACAAAUGCUGUAUUGUAGUACCUAGAACACAUCAGAAUUCAGACUAAGACCGAG